AUGUCACUUCUGGACAGGAUCGAGGGCCUUCCUACAGAGCUCGUACACAAGAUCUUCGAGCAUUACUGGGACUUUAACACAAACAAGGUUCUGUACCAGCUGAAGAUGAGACCAAGAGAAGUCUUCUCCAUUAGUACAGACAGAGAGUCUCUCAACAUUGGUCGUACAGCAGAGAUCGAAGGCAUUUCGCCGUACAAUGACGGACGUAUGGAUACUGACUCGGAAGAACAUCAGAAUCCCAUUACUGUAAGCUUUGCAACAGUGGAACAAAUUCUGGCCUUGAACAAAACUCGUCCACAGAUCCAGCGGUUCCAUAUGGAUGCUCUUACAUACACUUUACUAUUGCUGGACUACCCCAAGAUCCGUACAAAUUCGCUACUUGCAUUACUCAAGCGCGGUCCUGCGAAAGUGGCUGAGGAUGUCACUACUCUUUCACGUACCCUCGACACUACAAGAAUCAACUACAGCCAGAGAAGACAGCCAUCCCGAAUGCCAGUCUCUACUCGCCUUAGUGAGCAAAGCCUACACUUCAAGACAGCCAACGAUGCGGAACUCUUCUUCCACGCAGAUAUGUCUCGCGCCUUGCUUGUAAGAUCGUUCUCAUUUGGUCACAAUAUGGAUUCGGCUGGUAUCUGCGGACUCGACAAUCUGCAUUAUCUCUUCUGGAGCGCAGGCGGACGUGGACGAUGUGCAGACGAGAUCUAUAUCGUCGCAUACGCCAAGCUACAUAAGAUCGGUCCAAGCAGCCAGCACAGUACAUUGUUGUCCUUCGUCAUUCGCUCAACAGAAUAUCCUUCCCCUGGUCUUUCUCCUACAAGUUCAUAUCGCCAUGACCUUCACCGCUCUGUAUAUCCUCUUGAAAAGCUCGAUCUCGAUACCUUGGGAACGAUGUCGAAUAAGCAGCUGAUGGCCUUCCGCCAGGCUCAUCUGCAAAAACACGAUAUCGAAUGGCCUCCAAAGUACGUGUCAUACAAAGCCGACGACCAAGAUCGUCUCAAGAACUAUAUGGACAGAAUCUGCAGGGUCGGUGGCACAUGCGAGUUUUGGGAGUUCCCGAACUGCUCUCAGACCGUGUGA